CGGAUCCCCAGCAGCAUGGACGUCGAGCCCGAGGUACCGGCGGCCGCCGCCGCCUCCUCGACGAACGGCCUGGAGGCCUCCGCCGCGCCGGCGCCGGCCCCGCUCUCCGCCGAGCAGCUGGACGUGGAGGCGUACGCCGCGCAGUACCUGGGCCGCACCCGCCUGCCGCGCCUCCUCUUCAUCGCGCAGAGGUGCGGGGUGGAGUCGAUCGAGCUCGAGGCGCUGCGGAUGGCGCACGACGAGGCCCGGAUCCGCGAGGACACGCUCCUCUACCGCGACGCCGCGCAGAGGAUCGACGGCCGCCUCGGCCCGCGCUACCGGUACGACCAGGCCUGGGUCGACGCCGUCAACCGCCGCGCCGAGCAGCGCAGAGAGAAGCUCGAGACCGAACUCAACGGCCACAAGGCUCACCUGAUCAAAGAGAGCAUCAGAAUGGGUUAUAAUGAUAUUGGUGACUUCUACUAUGGUCAUGGGCACCUUUCCGAGGCCUUCAAAAGCUAUAUCCGCACGCGUGACUAUUGUACCACUUCCAAGCAUGUAGUUCAGAUGUGUAUGCAUGUGAUUCUGGUUAGCAUUCAGUUGGGACAGUUUGCACAUGUUACCAACUAUGUCAGCAAAGCAGAGCAAACCCCAGACGAGUUGGAACCUAUUGUUAUUGCAAAGUUGCGUGCAGCUGCAGGAAUAGCCUACUUGGAAACAAAGAAAUACAAACUUGCUGCCCGUAAGUUUCUCGAGACAGGACCUGAACUAGGAAGCAACUAUUCUGAAGUCAUAGCUCCGCAAGAUGUGGCUGUAUAUGGUGCUCUUUGUGCACUUGCUUCUUUUGAUCGUUCAGAUCUUAAGAGCAAAGUUGUUGACAACAUUAACUUCCGUAACUUUCUGGAGCUAGUGCCUGAAGUAAGGGAGUUGGUCAAUGAUUUUUAUUCAAGUCGCUAUGGAUCUUGCUUGGAGCAUCUUGAGAAGCUAAAGCCAAAUCUCCUUCUGGACAUUCAUCUGCAUGAGCACCUGGAGACUCUGUACAAUGAUAUUCGCCACAAGGCUAUCAUACAGUACACACUUCCAUUUAUAUCUGUGGAUCUUAACACAAUGGCUGAUGCCUUCAAGACCUCUGUGUCCAUGCUGGAGAAAGAGCUGGCUGCACUGAUCACUGAGAACAAAAUAAAUGCUCGGAUAGACUCCCACAACAAGAUUCUGUAUGCACGGCAUGCUGACCAAAGGAAUGCAACUUUCCAGCGGGCUCUCCAAACUGGCAGCGAGUUUGAGAGAGAUGUUAAGGCUAUGCUUCUGAGAGCUAACCUCAUGAAACAUGAUUUCAACCAAAGGAGCCUUUCUGGACAAAGGAAGAUGUGAACCUCUGUCUGAGUGACAGUAAAAAGUGGCUGCCUCCUUGUGUACCUGGAAGUAUCCUUUCUGGAACAAAGGGUGCUUUGACCAUGUAGAGGUUUCGCUGAAAUGAACUGCCCGAAUGAUCAAGUCUGUUUCGGUGCUACUUCUUUUCUAAAAAAUUGGUUGCUCUUAGAUAUGCUUAUGAAUAGGUACCUGUCCGGAGAUAUGUUAUGGUAUCAUAUGAUGUGCUAAUCUUA